GGGCGAUAAAUGCGUGUUCCCUCAUAAUUCUCAACUCCGGCCGUCUCCCGAGUCUGCAUUGAAAGGCUUAGAGUCUACUGGACCAGCAGCGGAAGACUCCCGCUCCAAUAUCGCCUGCGCCUUUUUGGCAAAGGGACAUUGUAGAAAUGGGGUCAACUGCCCCUUUUCUCAUACCGAAGUCGUAACAGAAGCGGGAUUGUCCGCUAAUGAGGUUAUGCCCCUCAAGCCUGAAGAGAAGUGCAUGCGAGAGUUGUUAGGUGCCUGGGUAAACUUUGGCUCAGGCGCAUCCGUCGAGAAGGUUUCGCUCUUCUCCGACUUUUCCACGGCCAGCAUCCUCGACCUACCCGCUCGAAGCGAUGUUGCAGCCGUAUCGCGACUCCUGAGUCGAUUGGGGUUCGAAGUCCCGAGUGCCGCCAUUCGCAUAAGACCCCAUGGCUUAGGAGGCUUGAUAUGCGCCAUCAUCCGAGUAGAAGACCCCGACUUUGCACAGUCCCUUUGCGAAAGAUUGAAGAAACCUGAUAUCGAAGACGUAUGUGGAUUUCCCGGGUUGAAGGCCGAAGUUCAGAAGCCUCUCAAUCUCGAUACCAACAAGGGAUUCACCCACAGGGUGAAUCGCAAGAAAGUCAUUUGCUCCUGGCAUAAACCAAAGCAAUUGGCGUGUCUCACCUUUCGCUCAGAAUCUGUGGAGAGUGAAGUCCGCAGCAACUUCGGAACUGGUGCAUACACUGUCCUUGGAACAAAGGUUUCCUGCGCUCCGAGGUCGAGCACAUUACUGCAUCGAUGGGGGUGCACACUGGGAGGGAGUUAUUCAAACGGUUCGUCACCGAAGUUGACGCUGUAUAUUCCACCGCAAGCUACGAAGACCGACAUCCUGAACAUGAUUCCUCAGAGGCAGCGGCCCACAAGUGUGGAACUCGAGGGGCCCCAGGACCUGGACAACACCAAGAGCGAGGUUGACAUGGUCGAAGCUUUGCUCGUUGGUAUUGGGCCAUUGGAGAUGAGACUCACGGCGAAUGCAGAUCCGGAUGGCAAACGAGUUAAGGCCAUGGCUCGUUUCCAAGAUGAGGCUGACGCUCUGACUGCCGUUGAGUUGCUCCGAUCUAUGCCGUUGCCAUUCAACAAGGCCGACAAACUCAGCAUCAUUGGACUUCAUUCUGCGACAUACAAGGUCGCAAAUCAUAUCUUCAGCGCGAUUCUAGUAGAUUUCGAGAAAAUUGCCCAGAGUUUUCGCAAGAAAGGAGUCAACUUCAAGAGGUUUCCAUCGGCAAAUGGCUACGUUACACUGAGACUCGAGAGUGAAAGGAGAGACGAUCUCGCGGCAGCUGAGACGCACACUGACAAACUUCUCGAAGGAAGUUUAGUGUACGACGCCGACGGCAAGAAGCCCCUCUGGAGUUCAUCCUUUCACAAUAAACCGCUGGCAAACCGACGGCUUCGACCCAUUGAGAAGCAACACAAGGUCGCGUUUCAAUGCGUCCCAUCCAAAGCCGAGAUCCAUGUUUUUGGCUCGUUCGAGGCCUCGCAGAAAGCUUGCGACGCAUUGCUACAGUCUCUCAGUGACAAUCCUUCCACAAUCCACUACAUACCUUUGACCCCCGAGAGUUUGCACUGGGCCAUCAGAGGGGGGUUCAAAGCUAUCUGCAAAGUGCUGGGCCAAGAAGCCGUGUCCCUCAACAUCUUUGAGACACCCAAGAGGUUGGAGAUCAUCGGACCACUGGCUUCUUUCGACACAGCGAUAGAUAUCGUGACAAAAAGACGACUACCUCAGGAACAUGACAUUUCAACGGAAGCGGAAUGCUGCCCGGUAUGUUGGACAACUGCCGAGAAUCCACUCAAAGUCAAAUGUGGGCAUGUGUACUGUCGCGACUGUUUCGAGAACUUCUGCAAAUCGUCCGUCAGCAGCGGUGAAUCGGGGAUUCGCUGUCUGGCUGACGAGGGGGUUUGCAAUGCCUCAUUCUCACUGCAGGAACUUCAAGACUGCUUGCCCUCGAUUACCUUUGAAGAGCUUCUGGAUUCCGCGGUAACGAAUCACAUCAAAAGGCACCCAGCUGAGUUUCGAUGGUGUCCCACUCCAGAUUGCCAAACCAUAUACAGACCAACAUUGUUGGCCAAGAUCUUCAGUUGCCGAGGAUGCUCGAAAGUUAUUUGCGCAUCAUGCAAUGUCGACCACCAUGGCAAGACUUGUGCCGAGCAUACAUACGUCACUUCAGGAGCAGCUGCGGCUGCUGACAGGAACUUCAAGAAAGUCAAGAAGCAGCUGGGGAUCAAAGACUGUCCUAGAUGCAACACCUCGAUUCAAAAGUCGUACGGCUGCAAUCACAUGACCUGCACAGCUUGCAAAGCACAUAUCUGCUGGGUUUGUCUGGAGGCUUUCGAUGAUUCGAAGCCUUGCUAUGAUCAUAUGAAUAGAGCCCACGGAGGAAUCUUCACAGGUGAUCCACUGUACGAAGCGUGAACUUGAGAACAAGAGAGAAAGCUCAAAUUUGGAUGGACCUGAUUGGCUUGUCACAAAC